UUUCUCUAUGUCUAUGAGAACUCUCCCCCUGGUUUUCAUUAAUCUGGGUGGAGAGAUGCUUUACAUACUGGACCAACGCCUGCGAGCUCACAACACCUCAGAGGACAAUUCAGAGAAAGGAGUGUGGUCAGAAAAUGACAGGAAAAGAGUCAUGAAUGACAUCGUUGGGACCAUGUUCAGUAAAGCUUUCAUGGAUGAACUUCUCAAACCUCAGCAGCUGUAUUCUCACAGGACAAUGAAAACGGUGCUAACUCGGUUAGCGCACGCCUCCAUCAUGAGACUGAACCCGGCCAGCAUGGACAGGCUUUAUGAGCUAAUGGUCAUGGCUUUCAAAUAUCAAGUCUUCCUUUGUCUGCGGCCAAAAGACCUACUGCUCAUCUCAUACAAUCACAUGGACACCAUCAGGGAAUUCGUGAAAGACACUCCCAUGGUCGUGAACCAAGUGGAUGAGACACACAGGAAAAUCAUUGAGGCAUACUCGUCUUUAUCAGAGGGUGAACUCCAGCUUCUCAGACAGACGCUCCUCAUAUUUUUUCAAGACAUGCACGUUCGUGUGUCACUUUUCCUAAAAAAUCAGAUUCAAAAUCCCAACGGACGGUUCGCCCUGAUGACCUCAGGCCCAGUGCCUCAUGGGACUGAUGUUCCUGGGCUUAUUAGGAUAUUUGACUGUCGCGGCAGAGAAGUGAGACGAAGGGAGUUCCCCUCUGGAGGGAGUUACACCAGCUCCAUCAGAGAGGGGUCUUUCGAGCUGCAUGGAAACAGAGUGAUCAGACUGGGCAUGAACAUGUACACUGUGGACCAUCCAGAGGAGACACACACGUCCAGGGCUCCCUCUGUAAAGACAGACGGCUCUCCCAACCCGCUGGCGAAGGAGGAGCUGAACCUGCUGGCUCGUCUAAUGGGCAGCAUGAAGACGGAGAACAAGCCCAAAGAUGAAUCGGGUUUUCGAAUCAACCUGUUUAACACAGACGAGGAGGAGGAGGAAGCAGGAGCGUCAGCUAGUGCUGAGGAAUCCUUGUAUGGAGUGAUAAAUAUUCAAGCAAUGCAGGAUGAGCAGGCGGCAUUGGAGUUGGCUCGCAUCGCUGGACAGUUUGCAGAAGAAAAAGAAGAGAAACCUGAAAAACCCAGCAACAACAAGGGAGAAGAGCUCCUGGCCAUGAUGGACGACCUCUGACUCAUUUAUUCAGUCUGUGGUUGUAUGAUGAUCGGAUGGUUAAUCUCCACUGUGAGCUGGAGAUGGAGUAUUCAAUGAAACAGAUGCAAGAACUCAACAUUAUAACACAGACACAAUAGACAGAAACUGCUUUCUAUGUUUAUAAUGCAGCUGAACUGACUUGGAUGUUAAACUGUAACACCUGCUGUGUUUGAGGUUUUAUUUUCUUUUUAACAAUUUAAUGUUAAAUAAAAGUAUUUAUUUAUAUUGAAAUGAUUAGGCUGGCUCGUGUUUACAUGCUGUAAAACAAAAUGAGUUGCAAAUGUUGCUGGGAAGAAAUUAAAUGAAAAGGAUUGAUCAAAUUUUUAAAUAAGACAUCUAAUUGGACACGACCUUGGACUCAUAUUUAUGUGAUUUUUGAGAGGAACAAGUACUAAUUUAAAUAACCUAUAAAUUAUUAUUUGGAUAAUGAAAAUAAAUGUUCAUUGAGACGAUUUCGUUUCUGCAGCAGCAACCUGUAGGGGGUGCUGUUGUCUUGGCUUUGUAAGAAAAGAACAAUCUCAUGAAGGUUUCUUUGAUUCGGAGCCUUUGCUCUUUGUUUAUCCGGCUUUUUAUUUAUUUAUUUUUUAAUACUUAUAUUUUAAAUAUGACAACUAGUACUGUAUGAAUCCAAUAAGGUGCAGUGAAUUACAAAAAGGGAACAGAGCAGUGAGUAUAAACGUUCAUGUUGGCAUAAGAUCAUUGAGCAUCAUCCUUUCAGCAAGGUGUACUAUUAAAUAAAAGAGUCAUACACGCAUACAAUGGCAAUGGUGGGAAAAACAGUUUAGAAUAUCGUAUGAUUUUUCCUUUAAGUAGUUUUGAAGAUUUUAUGUAUAACUUGAAUUUAUCCAAAAACAAAACAAACAAAAACACCAAUUUAAACACAUUUAAGAUUAACAUUUUUAAUGUAUUUGUUUUG